GCGGCGGUUGCUAGGCAACGGCGAGCCGCAGAGGUGGAGGGCGUCGGCCGCGGUGUGUGUGCAGAGGGCGGGGUCGGUUCCGCUGCAGUAGAAGAAUCAAAGGACUGGGAUAUGAAAUGAUGAUAUAAUUUGAUAUAGCCAAGCAACCACUUCUCCUGAGUCAGCAUGUUAAAAAACAAGGGUCAUUCGUCUAAACAGGAUAACUUAGCAGUCACUGCAGUGGCUUUACAAGAUCACAUUUUACAUGAUCUUCAACUUCGAAAUCUUUCAAUAGCAGAUCAUUCUAAGACAAAGGACAAAUGUACAAAUGUACAUUCUUGGACAGAGAACAGAUCCAAGUCUCUAAAAAGAAAUACAAAAGCAGUAAUAGAUACUGGACUUAAAAAAACCACACAACGCUCUAAAGUUGAAGAUUCAGAAAAAGAAUAUGUUCUUGAUCCAAAGCCACCACCAUUAACUUUAGCACAGAAGUUGGGCCUCUUUGAACCUCCCCCUUUGCCACUGUCAUCAGAUGAAUGGGAAAAAGUGAAGCAAAGAUCCAUCCUGCAAGGGGAGUCCAUGCAGCCGUGCCCAAUAUGCAAAGAAGAAUUCGAACUUCGCCCGCAGGUGCUGCUUUCGUGUUCCCAUGUGUUCCACAGGGCAUGCCUUCAGGCUUUUGAAAAGUUCACAAAUAAAAAAACCUGUCCUCUCUGUAGAAAGAACCAGUAUCAAACCAGAGUGAUUCGGGGCUUCCCUGUGAUUCACGACGGCGCCCGACUCUUCAGAAUAAAGUGUGCGACCAGGAUCCAGGCCUUCUGGAGGGGACACGUGGUCAGGAAGUGGUACCGGGAGCUGAGGAGGACGGUGCCGCCCACGGACGCCAAGCUGAGGAGAAAGUUCUUUGAAGCAAAGUUCACAGAAAUCAGCCACCGCCUGCUUUGCUCUUACCACACGGACAUAGACGAGCUCUUCUCAGAGAUCGACCGCUGCCUGGCCCUCAACCGCAGCGUGCUGCAGCAGCUGGAGGACACGUGUGGCCACGAGCUCACGGAAGAGGACUGGGGGAAGAUCCAGACACAGGCCCUGCUCCGGGAGAGCCCCGAGUGCUCCAUCUGCCUCAGCCCGCUCUCCGUUGGCAGCCAGGCUCACCCGGCCCCCUCGUCACGGCACACGGUCCUCCUGUCCUGCUCACAUGUGUUUCACCACACGUGUCUCCUUGCUCUGGAGGAGUUCUCCUUGGGGGACAGUUCUCCCUUCCACUUGUGUCCUCUCUGCCGCUCUUGCUAUCAAAAGAAAAUUCUUGAAUGUUGA